AUGGGUGAUCGACCGGGUGGUGAGGUUGAUGCCAAGCUCACGGUCUGCCGUCCCCCGAACUCCUGUCCGGAUGUUUACAAGACGGAGGUCCUCAAGAUUGAUGAGAAUGUGAGGCUCGUCCUGGCACGGCACCAGGCUUUGUCACGGCCCAAGACUGGGCCGGGCGUUGGGACGAAGGGGAACUUCGCAAGGAAGCCCCCCAAGCUUGGCUUUAAUGACAACACCAGCGUUCUUGCUUCCAUCCGCCUUGAGAGUGCAAUCGAACAGUUCAAGUUGUUGAAGAAGCGGAAGCUCGCCGAGGUGGACAUCCACUCGGUUGAGGAUUACAAGGCCAUGAUCGGCCGUGGUGAUCGCCAGGAGAUGCGUGCGGCUUACUUGGCCAAGUUUGGCGUGGAACCGGAGCGUGAAUUCGAAGGUUCGGACCACAUGCUCGGGGUCCUCAAGAGAGUCCUGUACAGAGGAGAAUUUCUCUCGGGCUCGCAGUUGGAUCUCAACAAGGUCGUGGCAAACCACCCCAAGGACGGGGAGGUCAAGUUCCAGAAGCGCCAGAGCAAAGAAGAUGUGGAAUGGAUCCAUGAAGAAGCCAAUCGGGUCCAAACAGAGAAGCAAUGGAAGCGGGUACUGAUGAUCUGGAGGACGUCUCUCCUGAUGGUGGUUGCUACCUGCGCGGGGCCAUAUUCCAUACAGCUCACCAAAUCGGACUUGGAUGAGUUCUAUUUU